UUAAUGUUGGGUAAGCAGACGCGUAAGCCCCGCCCCUGACAGUCAUUGGCCAAUGAGCGUUGAGUGUUACAAAACUAGCUACACGUGAGAGAAGUCUACAGAAUUUGCCUUUUGUUUCAGUUGUUCGGGGAACAAAUUUUGUUUUCUACGUGCUUGUACAUCAGAUACAGCAGAAGAGCGCUGCUCCUCCGUGCCAUCAGCGAUCCUAACACAAUACUACUACAUUACAACAGCAUGUCUGUAAACAAGCGCAGCCUGAAACGCCAGAAAGAGUCACCGAGCAGCGCCGGUGGGAAACAGCCGAAGCUAACAGCAGAAAGAGGGAGAGAAUCCGGCUGGCUGCUGAGGGAAGUGACUGAGCUCCGGAAAGCCGCACAGGGAUGCGAGUUCAACAAAAAGCGACUCCGCUACUUAUCAAGCACCCAGAAAAUCAAACAGGGCUCCAAUGGGGUCCUCUACUGGAUGUCUCGCGAUCAAAGAGUCCAAGAUAACUGGGCACUGAUCUAUGCUCAGCAGCUGGCCUUGGCUGAGAAACUUCCUUUGCAUAUCUGCUUCUGCUUGGUGCCUCGAUAUUUGGAUGCAGCUUACAGACAGUACGCCUUUAUGCUAAAAGGACUGCAAGAAGUGGCAACGGAAUGCAAAAGCCUUGAUAUUCAGUUCCAUCUGCUGUCAGGAGAACCUGAGCAAAAUCUGCCAACCUUUGUUAAAAACUGGAACUUUGGAGCAGUUGUCACUGACUUUAACCCUCUCAGAAUCCCCCUCCAGUGGAUUGAGACUGUUAAGAAGCACCUUCCGUCUGAUAUCCCUUUCAUUCAGGUUGAUGCACAUAAUGUGGUGCCGUGCUGGGAAGCAUCUGAGAAGCUGGAAUAUGGAGCAAGGACAAUACGGGGCAAAAUCACUAAACUUCUCCCAGAAUUCCUCACAGAGAUUCCACUUGUGGACACUCAUCCACACUCCGCUUCUAAAACAGCAAAGCCAGUAAACUGGGAGAAGUUGUUGUCGUCUCUUGAGGUGGACCGGAGUGUUGGCGAGGUAGAAUGGGCUCAGCCUGGCACCUCUGCCGGCAUGGCCAUGUUGGAGUCCUUCAUUGACCAACGACUGCGUUUCUUUGCCACCCACAGGAACAAUCCCAACUGUGACGCUCUAAGCCAUCUCUCCCCCUGGCUCCACACUGGUCAGUUGUCUGCUCAGCGUGUCGUGAGGCAGGUUAAACGAGAAAAGAACGCCAGCGAGUCUGUGGCGUCUUUUACUGAGGAACUGGUGGUGCGCAGGGAGCUCGCUGACAACUUCUGCUUCUACAACCACAACUAUGAUGAUAUUUCAGGUGCGUACGAUUGGGCGAAGAAGACUUUGCAGGAGCACGCUAAGGACACCAGACAGUACCUUUACACAAAAGAGCAGUUGGAGAACGCCAAGACCCAUGAUCAGCUGUGGAAUGCUGCACAGCGUCAGCUGCUGUCUGAAGGGAAGAUGCAUGGGUUCCUGCGCAUGUACUGGGCAAAGAAGAUCCUGGAAUGGACUGGAUCCCCUGAAGAAGCCCUCUCUAUUGCUAUAUAUCUGAAUGACCGAUUAUCUUUAGAUGGCUGCGAUCCCAAUGGAUAUGUGGGAUGCAUGUGGUCCGUCUGUGGCAUCCAUGACCAGGGAUGGGCAGAGAGGCCCAUCUUUGGGAAAAUUCGCUAUAUGAAUUAUGCUGGCUGCAAGCGGAAGUUUGAUGUGGCACAGUUUGAGAGGAAGUAUGCUGCUAUAAAGGAGAUCUCCAAAAAAGACAUCAAGAAAUCUUUGUAGUUUAAUUUGUCAAAAUUCUGAAAACCUAUUGACAUGCUUAAAAGUUCAGUUUUCAUUGCUUGUACUUGGUUUUCUCCAGACAUUUUUUCUCUCCCUUAAAGGGUUAGUUCACCCAAAAAUGAAAAUAAUGUCAUUUAUUACUCACC